AUGGCUACGACAAGCUCUACGACAAGUUUGACGACUUCCAGCUCUUCUUCUUCCGAAUCUGCGACCCCGACGGCUGGCCACCGGGUCCCAUUCCCAACCGAUGCGAUUCGUUUCUUCGUUGUGGCGUCUGCUGUAAUCUGUUCAUUCGGACUCUUGACGCUUGGGUGCUGCAUCACGUACAGAAUUCGCAGGAAUCGAAUGCGAAGGCUCAUUGUGGCCGCGUUUGAGCAGAACCCUGCGCAACGUCUAAAUUCGACCAUUCAGGAUGUAUUUGAUAGAGAACGUGUGCGAGAACGAAUAGUCCAGCUGCGAAGAGGCGCCCCUCUUCACGACUUCCUCAAGGCUCCGGCUCAGAACGACCACUGUCCACGAUACUUUGAGGCGCUUAGUGUCCCUGUCACAAAGGACUUGGGCUAUCAUGAUCCAAACUCUUCACACUCUCUAUUAGACAAACCCGGUGAUCAAUACCUUCCAUUGGCUGCAGAGAUCAGUAGCAAGUCACCUAAUUCAGUGGAUAUGCAUGUCUACUCCAGAUUCUCGGCUCUCUCCAUAGACAGACAGCUUGCGCUACUGUACCAGGUCAAUGGUAGCCGGAAGAAGCACAAGGUGCGGAGAAGGGCUGAAGAGUUUGGAGAGACAGUACCUCAAUCCGACUGUGACAUCCAUCCGCAGCAUCAUGAACGGACCUUGGCGUUGACCUUUCUGGUUUCCAUGCCCAAUCCACGACGGUCUGCCGCCGAUCUCGAAAACCGCUCCCUCGUGCUCGGUACAACCGUCUAUCCGUGGAAAAAUAACGAGAUGGAAUCAAGUCUGCCAACAGAAGCCGCGGUUGCAAAGGAAAGCUGA